AUGAGGCGUCCAAACCUUUCAAGCGGGCGCCUGGCCUUGCUCGUCAGCAUAUUGGUCUUUAUGCUCAUCAGUCUGACCGCAACCAUACAGGCUACACCAUUGGCACAACGCAAUCAGAUACCCAUUCGCCGUGAUGAUGCAGUACAGCAGCAGCAACUCUUCCGCCGCCAGCUUUCGUCCAACACCAACACAGCCGCCACACGAACCUACACCGAUUUACCUACUGCUGCCGUCAGCAUCGAAGGUCAGCCUUCGCCUACGAUGGGCAGCGACCCUCUUCUCGCUCUCAUGCCCGACUUUGCCUUUAGCAUGCCAGCACAGAUUGUCGUCGAUGGUAUCAACAUUGCGCUCAUUUCGGUCCUUAUCAUUCACCUCCUCUUCACCGUCCAAUAUCAUUUCCCACUCAGUCGCAAGAACUUCUACCUUCAACUUUCCAGCUCUCUUAUGCUCCUCAUCAGUCUCAGCGUUACGCUCCAUAUUAUUCUGGAUAAGCUUGAGGAUGAUUCGCAGCGAUACCCGUUCAUGUUCCCUUACAUCGGCGUACAACUCCCACCUGGCGAUGAUUCUUGGACCAAGGUGCAAGAAGUCUUCUUCCUUCUCAUGCGCGCCAUUACCGCUGCUCUCAUUCACAUCACUCACAUUCAAUUCCUCACACUCCUCUUCCCAUCCGCUCUCGAGGCACGUCUCAUUUUCUGGAUGCUGGGUCCCAUGGCCAUCAUCAACUCAGGCAUGGAAUUCACUGGCUUGGCGGACGACAGCGAUGCAAAGACCAACGACCUUGGUGAUGCCAUUCGAAACAUCUGCAACAGUACCUUGACACUACUCUACACCAGCGCUCUUCUCAUCUGGGGUCUUCUCGUCAACCGAAGACGUGCCUGGCGUGCAGGUGGUGGUACAGCGGCUUUCGGAGGUGGCUCCGUCGGUCUUGCCCUCAUCAACACUGCUAUCAGCUUCACAGAGAUCAAGUAUGAUCGUCUCUGGUGGCUACCCAACGUAUGCUGGACCCUCACAAUCUGGCAGAGUUGGCUUGGAUUUUGGUGGUGGGUCAGCAGUGGAAUGGGUAUCGGUGAAGUUGAGGAUCGUCAAGAGCGUCUCGAACGCAAGCGUAAACGUGAAGAGCGUCGGCGUCGUAAGGUCGAAAAGCAAAAACAAAAGAUUGCCGCACUCGAGGCCACCGAUGUCAACAACAACGACGAAGCUCACAGCUCGCAACACGACUCCAGCUCUAUUCCGGGUCUCAAUGGCUUCCGUCGCAUCAAGGACCGACUUGUUGGUGAGCCCACCGCCUCCAACACGCUCACACGUCGCAACAACCGCCGCCAGAACGCUGCGGGUGACGAGAGCGAUGCCCUCGGCGAUUCCGCGCGCGCCAACAGUGGCUCGACCAACGACGAGAUCGAGCUCAACCAGAUUCGCGUUGCUACCGGGGCCUCCAGAAGAGGCUCGCAGGACGAGAAUGCCGUUGCUGAUGGCAAUGCCCUCACUGGCGUUGCAGUGCAUUGUGCUCGUGCAGGAGAUGGUGACGAGGGAGACAUCGAUCCCGAAGCGGCAAUCGAUGACGGCAGAACUACCGCAGGAACAGGCUCCGGCUCGAGCGACACCAAUCCAACGGCAUCAUCUGCUCCUGGAUGGAUGUCGACAGCUGCACAACGCUUUAUGGACCACCAACCCAACUUCAUCAAGGCUCGUUUCCGCCGACUUCGCUUGGCGCAUAUGGCAGCGGCUCGGCGUGCAGCACACGAGCAGUCGGCGUUGCGCGAGCAAGUGUUGAACUCUUCUCGCGUCUCAGGACCUGGUCUCCGUCACAUGAUGUUUGACCGUCCUGGCUCAACGAGAACAGGAAUGGACAGCAAUUCAGACAUGGCCGCGAUGCCUGAGCUCUCACCUACACCCAGUCGCUCUGUGUCGCUAGGUACAAGACCUACGCGCGACACUAAGACGAUCUCAACAACUUCCUCUCUGCGUGCGGCUCACGAGCCAAGAAGCCAAAGUAUAGAUGGCACAGCCGCGUCACAGCAACGUCGAGGCUCCACAAAUGCUCGCAACUCGCUCACGCAAAGUGCACGACGAGGUAGCCGCAUCAAUGAGGAUGAGGACAGCGACGACGACGAUUCGCUCUCGGUGCGAGGCUCAUCCGAGAGUCAGAGCUCAGGGCGAAGAGCCGUUUCGCCAACAUCGCCAGCAGCAGGCACACUAUCCAAUCGAGGAAGGAACUCUUCAUCAGGGGGCGUACCCGCGGCCUCUACACAGGCUUGUGGCGCUCGUCAACAGCACAGCGGCCCAGCUAUUGGCGCUCUAGACGACGAGUGGGAAGAUAUCGACUCUACCACUGCAGCUUCCUGGCGCGCAGGUGCCACAGCAGACACUGGUGCGACAAGAAGCAGCAACGUCAGGUCAACAUCGCAGGCAUCCGAUCGAGCAGCUGCCAGCAGCAGAAGGGACGACGGCAGCGACGAUCAAGAUGCUGAGGAUUCCAGCUGGUUCUGGCGUGGUGGACUGCGUCAAAUGCGUCUGCGCGAUCGCACUACCUAUGAUUAA